AUCACUAUUUGGAUUUGCAGAGAGAGAAAGGGAGAGAUGGGGAGGAAGAAGGAAGAAGAUGGAGUGGAGAGGAAGGCGGGAGGGAUGGUGGUGGUGAGCCCAAAGCCGCAAAGUGGCAUCAUCGCCAAGGCUAUAGAUUGGCUGGAAUGGAUGAUCGUGAAGAUGGUGCACGAUUCCUCCAUACCCCUUCACUAUCUCUCCGGCAAUUUCGCUCCAGCCCCCGAUGAAACUCCCCCUUGCAAGGACCUUCCCGUCAUCGGCCAUCUCCCCGAAUGCCUGAAUGGUGAGUUUGUCAGAGUUGGUCCCAAUCCAAGCCUUCCGCCGGUGGCGGGGUACCAUUGGUUUGAUGGAGAUGGGUGUGUUGGUUUAUAUUUCUUCUCUUCUCUCUCUUAGUGCAAAUUGAAUUAAUCUGAAUUAUGGUCUGUAAUUACUGUCUUUUUUUUGCAGAAUGAUUCAUGGUUUGCGCAUUAAAGAUGGAAAAGCAACAUAUGUCUCUCGUUUUGUGAAGACAUCACGUCUCAAGCAAGAACAAUAUUUUGGAGGAGCUAAGUUUAUGAAGAUUGGGGAUCUUAAGGGGAUGUCUGGACUUCUUAUGGUUUACAUGCAAAUGCUAAGAGCAAAGCUGAAAGUAUUAGAUCUUUCCUAUGGAACAGGCACGGCCAAUACAGCACUGGUUUAUCACCACAAGAAGCUUUUGGCACUUUCAGAGGGAGAUAAACCAUAUGUAGUAAAAGUUUUGGAGGAUGGAGAUUUACAAACUCUUGGCAUGAUGGAUUAUGACGAGAGAUUGACACAUUCCUUCACUGCUCAUCCGAAGGUUGACCCAAUAACUGGAGAGAUGUUUACCUUCGGCUAUUCUACUACACCACCCUAUAUCACAUACCGAGUCGUAUCAAGGGGUGGUGAAAUGUAUGAACCAGUUCCAAUAACAAUACCAGAACCUGUCAUGAUGCAUGAUUUUGCCAUCACUGAGAAUUAUGCAAUUUUCAUGGAUCUCCCACUAUAUUUCAGACCAAAGGAAAUGGUUAAAAACAAAGAGUUCAUAUUCAAAUUUGAUAAUACAAAAAAAGCUCGCUUUGGAGUCCUCCCACGCUAUGCGAAGAAUGAAAUGCUAAUUAAAUGGUUUGAGCUUCCUAAUUGCUUCAUAUUUCACAAUGCGAAUGCAUGGGAGGAAGGGGAUGAAGUUGUUCUGAUUACAUGCCGUCUUGAAAAUCUGGAUCUCGAUAUGGUCAAUGGACCCGUCAAAAAAGAUCUUGAGAAUUUUGCAAAUGAGUUGUACGAGAUGAGAUUUAACAUGAAAAGUUGUCAAGCUUCACAGAAGAAACUGUCCGCGUCUUCUGUUGAUUUUCCACGGGUGAAUGAGAAUUACACUGGGAGGAAACAGCGAUAUGUAUAUGGGACCAUACUAAAUAACAUUGCCAAGGUCAAGGGGGUCAUCAAAUUUGAUCUGCAUGCUGAACCAGAGACCAUGAAAACACAGCUUGAAGUGGGAGGGAAUGUCCAAGGCAUUUUUGACCUUGGUCCAUCCAAAUUUGGUUCUGAGGCUGUUUUUGUUCCUCGUCAGCCAGGUACCACAUGCGAAGAGGAUGAUGGCUACUUGAUAUUCUUUGUACACGAUGAGACCACCGGGAAAUCAGCAGUGAAUGUAAUUGAUGCCAAAACAAUGUCAUCUGAUCCUGUUGCUGUUGUUGAAUUGCCCAAACGAGUUCCUUAUGGAUUCCAUGCCUUCUUCGUGACCGAGGAACAACUUCAACUCCAAGCAGAAACUUGAGAUCAAAUCAUCAACUUGGUGACUAUAUUUGUGUGUAUGUUUCAGUUAUAUAUAGAAAUGGCUACUGUAAAGCUACUUAUGCACAACUUUGAAAGGUACAUUUAUUAAUAAAGGUUCUGUAUACUUGCCCUAAAUAAAUACCCAGUACAUUGAAUAAUGGUUCUGUGUAGUGUGUGCUAUCAGAUUGUAUUAUUCUUAUAAAAUUUUUAUUGAAAAGAAAAAAAUAAUGUUUUACACUUUUA